AUGUGUUCUCCACAUCCUACAGACUGGUUAAAGGGCAGUAUUAUUGGAUCGGGCUCUUACGGUACAGUCCACCUAGCCAUCGACAACACCACCGGAGCCCUUUUUGUUGCCAAAUCAGCAAGAUCCGAAUCCGGUGUCAGUUCCCUAAAAAACGAGGCCCGUAUCCUCGAAAAACUAAAUUCCCGCCACAUCAUCAAGUGCAUGGGAAAAGAUUCCAAAAAUGGGUACACCCUCUUCUUCGAGUACGUGCCAGGUGGCAGCUUAUCUGACCUGUCCCGAAAGUUCGGAGGGACAUUGGACGAAAAACUUAUCCGACUCUAUACUCGAGAAAUCUUGCACGGUCUGAAGUACUUACACGAUAACGGUAUCGUUCAUUCGGAUAUCAAGUGCAAGAACGUGCUUUUAAACCCGAAUUCGGGCGAGAUAAGAUUGGCCGAUUUUGGGUGCGCGCGAGUUGUGUGGAGUAGCGAUGAAAAGCCUUUCGGUGGGACCCCUCUGUGGAUGGCUCCAGAGGUGUUGAGAAACGAGCGGCUUGAUUUUGCGGCCGACAUAUGGUCAUUGGGGUGUACGGUGAUCGAGAUGGCCACGGGGAGGCCACCGUGGGGAGGCGAUGCAUGGGAUCAUAACCCGAUGGGCGUGAUGGUAAAGAUAGCGAAAGGGGAUGGUCUGCCUGAGUUUCCGCGCGGUUUUUCAAAUGAAGGGUUGGAUUUUCUUUCCAAGUGUCUAAGGAGAGACCCGCGAGAGAGGUGGACGAGCGAGAGGCUUCUCGAUCACCCUUUUGUGAGUUCGGGGAAGGGAUCGGGUGUGGUCUCGCCCACGAGUGUUUUGGAUGUGGCCAUCAGUUACAAUUCAGAUGAUGAUAGUGAUUUGUGUGAUGAUGAGUUUGUGGGUAGAGUUUCUUUGUUGGAGAAGUUAUGUUUCUAUGAGAAGAAAUGUUGGGGAAAGGAUUUGGAGGGAUCAGACGAUUGGAUCACUGUUAGGAGUAGAUAG